AUGGCAUUCAACACUAGCAAUGCAGAGGACCAGCACAUUCCAUUGUUGCUGUUUCAUCCUUUUGUUGCGUCCCAGAUUCAUCAUGCCGCCCAAGCGGCGGUGAAACCAGGGGGAACUGACCGCCUGCUGAAAACACAACCGCUGCCAUCACCCGUUACCUGCCCUUCCCAGGAGCCAGCCCAGCUCCAGCCGAGUGCGGGGCCGCUCUCGCUGCCCUUACCUGCUGACGCGGGGCGGCGCCGCGAGAGGAGAGACCGGGGCCUCUCCCCGCUGCGCUCCCCUCUGCAGUACCGCUGCCGGCUCCGGUACCUGUCCCGCUGCGGCUCUGCGCCCCAUGGAGCUGCUGGCCGUGCUUCUGCUCCUGCAGUAUCACUGUUUUUUUCUCACAAGGUUACUCUUGCCAACAGUUUUUCCACUGAAAUUGAAAAUUUCGGUUUAAGACAAGCCAUCCAAAAGAAGAGUACUGAGUGGAGAGAUUCUUCCCAGUUAGACAGUGUGCGUCCCCUGCAGCGUACAAAAAGGACCUGGGUUAUCACCACCAUUGAUGUGCAAGAGGAGGACAAAGGACCAUUCCCAAAAUAUGCUGGACAGCUCUUCAAUAACAAAUCACUGAACACAACAGUAAAAUAUUUAAUCAGUGGACCUGGGGUAGAUCAAUCUCCGGAGAUUGGAUUGUUUUCUAUAGAAGAUGAUGCAAAUGGACAUGUGUAUGUACAUCGUGCCAUUGACAGAGAAAAGAUCCAAAUGUUUCAGAUACGCUUCGAUGUUGUGUACAGAAAAACUGGUGAACCAUUGGACCACCCUUUAUUUUUCAUCAUAAAGGUUGGAGAUAUUAAUGACAAUGCACCUGAGUUUCCCAAGGAGGAAUAUAGUAUUACAAUAAGAGAGACCCACAGUAAAGAUGAGCCAGUUUUCCAAGUUACUGCCUUGGACAAAGAUGAAGGCGGCACUGGAAAUUCACAGGUGUCCUAUUCUCUAAGUAUGCAUAUGCCUCAUCUAGAUGGACUCAUGUUUAAUGUUGAUCCCACCACAGGAUCAAUAUAUCUAUCAGGAUGCCUGGAUUAUAAGACUGCCAACUCUUUCAAACUGCUGAUUAAAGCCAGUGACCAUGGAAGUCCCCAGUUGUCAUCUACUGCAACAGUGAAUGUAGCUGUUGAAGAUGCAAACAACCAUCUCCCUGUAUUUACUAGAGAUAAUUAUCAGCUACAGAUUCCAGCAGGUCAAGAAUAUCCAGAUAUAUUACGACUCCAAGUGGAAGAUAAAGACUCUCCUGGCACUCCAGCUUGGAGAGCGAAAUACAGACUAACAAAAGGCAAUGAAAAGGGACAGUUCAGCAUUGAGACAGAUCCAGAGACAAAUGAAGGCAUUCUGAGUAUUACUGAGCCUCUUCUCUAUGAAGAUGAGUCUGAGGUGAGACUUGUAAUUUCUGUGGAAAAUGAAGAACCUUUCUUCUUGUGUAAAAAUGGAGUUGUGAUGAUAUCAAGCCUAGAAUCCACAGAUACAACUGUGAACAUCAAAGUCUUGCAACAUGCUCUUAGGUUUCAUCCUCCUAUACUCAUUGUCCAAAAAGAAGAGUCAAUGAAGCCUGGGAGAGUAUUUAGAAGGUAUUCUGCCACAUAUCCAGAUGAUGUGCCAACAAAGAUAAAAUAUCAGUUAGCCCAGGACCCAGAUCAGUGGCUGAAUGUGGAUGAAAAUUCUGGUGUUCUUACUGUCGCAAAGGAAUUUGAUCAAGAAUCCCCUUAUGUGAACAACAGUGUGUACACCAUUAUCCUUCAUGCUGCUGGUUAUGGUAUUCCACCACAGACGGCUACUGGCACCAUCCUGCUUUACUUGUCUGACAUUAAUGAUCACAUGCCAACGUUAGUGGCUCCGUCUUUAUAUGUGUGUACUAAAAAUCAAGGAACAUCUCUUAUUAUAGAAGCUAAACCUGGUCUGGUCCAUUCAUAUUCUGGGCCAUUUACAUUUGAGCUGGCUGAGGACUCUGAAGAUAUGAAGCAUAACUGGAAGAUAGGAAGGAACUUUGGGAAGUCAGUUGAGCUUUUAAUGUUAAGAAGUCUCCCAGAAGGUAACUACUUCGUGCCUAUCAUUAUUCAGGACAAGCAAGGAUUUUCUACAUGGCAGAAUCAGCACAUUAAGCUUUGCUUUUGCCCAGAUGGACAUACAUGUAGAGAGUCACCACUUCUCACAUCAGUGACACUUGGAGGUGGUGCCAUUGCAAUAAUACUGAUGGCUUUCUUAUUACUACUGUUUUCCACUAUUCUGCUUUGCCGGUUUUAUGCACCAGGACCUAAAAGCGAAGUUAUUGUUCAGCCUCACGAAGGUGAACAGACUUUAAUGACCUAUAAUGAAGAGAGUAGAAUGUCUAUGUCUGAAGCUAAGCUGGAUAUCGCAGGUCAUGCUGUUCUGCCACCUGUGUCUGAAGAGGCUGGGAAAGAAGCAAUUGCUGAGGUUGGCCUGUACACUAGUCACAAGACAUUCCAAGUAAGACACUUUGAUUAUAUGGUACAGAUAGUGAACAAAACUCUGGGCCAGAAACUGUAUUACCAAAAUAUACUGGAAGAUUAUGGGGCCAUCUAUGAACCUCAUAGAUAUACUGAGGAAGGAGGACUAGAGCAAAGUAGUUCCUUCUCCUCGGUCACCGUUACCAGUGAGGAUUUGCCUGUUGAUUUUUUGAACACUCUGGGACCAAAUUUUUCUGCUCUAGAAGAAAUUUGUCAGAAGAGAUUUCCAUAAUUAAUUAGUCCAAGCACUGAUGAAUUUGGGAAAAAAAACCCAAGCAACAAAAACCCCCAGAACUAUCUGCUGCACUCAAAAGUAUUGCAAUAUAUUUGCACCACGAGUACCUGUCCUGUUGGUCUUUCUGCUUACGCUGCAUACCUUCAGCCAAGAUGUGUCUGGAAGGACCAAACUACUCUGCAGAGAUGAUGAAGUGAUUUUGUUAUAUUCUGUACAGACUUACACAAAUAGAAGAUCUCAUAUUAAGUACCCUAAAUUUUGUAUGCAAAGUUAAAGAACAAAAGUGCUGAGCUAGGAAUUCCAGUCAAAGUUCCGUAUGGAAAUAAGCCAAAUUUGAAUGGAGAAGCAAUUACCAGGUAGGCCAGGGUUAACUUUACUGCAGUGCCAUGUGGAUCUGACUUGAUGACCAGAUAUUUUAUUUCUACUUGACACUGAAACAUCGAGGAGAAAGUGCACUCUACUUAUGGUGUGACCAUAACUGCAUAAUGACGUAGUGACCUGAGAGGUCUGUUCCAGCCUGGCCUUUUAGCAUAAACCGGGCACUUAGUGCUCACAUGCUUAGGCUGGCAUCUGGUGGCUGUUGGUAUCAUGACACUAUUGUAAUACCGUACGAACAAAGCAGUUGUUGACAGAGGACAAGGGAUGACUGUUCCUUUCAUUCGAACCUUCUCUAACUGAUCUACAAGUGACUGUGACGAGGAAAUCCUUGGGUUUCCUCAAGUACUGCCGAUGAAUCGGCUGAAAACGUAAGGGACAGAAUCAAAUUUCCCUGCAUGCAAACCAAAGAUGUGUUAGUUUUAAAUUCUGUGGAGUGUGCAUGUUUGAAUGUGUACAGUUGAUCUAUGCUCAGUUGCAUCAUGAUGGCUGUCAGUGUUACAAUGCAUGAAUGAGGAAAGAAUACUCAGAAGAUAGCUUUCUGUCAUUAGGUAAGUUGUACAUGCAAGAAGAGAUGGAAAUAGUCACAGAUCUUCAGUUCUAUUACAAUUCUGUGUCAAAAGAAAAAUGCUUGGCUUACGGCAAGCACUAAGUCUGGCAUCUGUUUACUUAAACAAUGAAUUAUGCUUUGGCUUAGGUAUUAUUAACUAAUAAUUCAAGGCUGGAAACUUUGGUCAAGUGUGAUAAAAUAGUUUGGCUGAGUGGCAGGCAGAUCAGUUUUCCUAAAAGCCAGCAGCGAGAUCUAUUUACACAAUAAAUCAUUACUCUGAUAAACUGUCCUUAACUUACAAUUUCAGACUUCAAAUCAGGCCAGUGACUCCACAGCACUGCUAGUAAACAAGAUGGCUUUUAAAAUCAGUUUAUAACCAUAUUGGUGAGAUUAGAAUUGUGUUAUGUUUUGCUAUUCCUUCUGAAAACUAAGCAAGAUUAAAAGUAAAGAAAGAA